AUGACUGUCCCGAAAGUCAAGUCUCGCGUGCAGCUCCGUAGCCAGGCGAAGCAGCGUCGAACCAACAAGAAGCACCACGUCGAGAAGCCGAAAGCCAAACAAACAAACAACGAUGCGCAGAGCCCUACAAAAGCACCAAAAGGUAGACAUCGUUACUUCAAACGUUCAGAAGCAACCGAUGGCGCUGCGGAUGAGCACGAUCACAAGACGAGCGGUACCUGCGAGAGCGAAUAUCGAAAUGAAUCAGAAGAUGAUGGUGCCUCUGCUGUCCCAUGCAGUUCCGGCGCGCCAGGGGAUUUCACAGACGAGGAUGACGACCCGCCCGCCUCUCUUUUGAACCUGGCGCCACUUUGGUAUCCUCAGUCAGACUGGUCUUGGCCAGACACUCUGCCAGCGGCAACGGAAACUACAUUAGAUGACUCUCCUGUCGCCGAACAUGCUACAGCGGACCCUUCCCAAGUUUCAGAGGAGACUACAGCAGAUGGAUCAUCGGGAGCGGCAGUUGCUGCACCAAACUCACCGUCGACAAGGCCAGAUACGACGGUCGCAGUAGCAUCAACACCCUCUCUUGGAGUAUGGCACAAAUGGGUCGUCGAACUUUUUGCCGGGCGCAAACCAGUCUCGCCUAAGAAUGACGAUGUCAGCAAUACACCACCGCCCGUCUCGAUCAUAUCCUGGACUAGAGAGGACCGCGACACUGACGCAGCGCUUCCAUUGCCUUCCCAACCCCACCUUGAAUUGAGAUAUCUCAUCCCUGCGACCUUUGACAAGCGGAUGAGACUGAACUAUCAUUCCAACAUUCAUCCCGCGCCCCAACAUGACUCUGUCGGCAAGGUCGCGACCCAUGAAGACGCAUCCCCCACGAACAACGUACAGCGCGGCUUCGUCGUAGCAAACCGGCCUGCUUCAGCCCCAUCUCCACCACGCCGCGACAUUGAUCAUUACAGCAGUCUGCUAGCUCGUGACGACACCAACUGGGCGGAGUGGAACAAGCUGAAUAUUACUGCAGACGCCAUGCCCUUCACACGGUCGCAGUCGGACACCCAAUUCCUGCAUCCUCAGACCGGAAUGAAGAUGGCACGGGCAAACGGUCACCUGACCAAGAGCCAGACUGGUCAUGCCUUCCUAGAAGAUGCCGGCCACCGGUAUCCGUUUGGCCAGGGACCGGGCUGGUAG